CUAGAAGCCUUGUUUAGCUUAUUAAAUUAUUAUGUACUAUCGAAUUCACUGUUGUACUAUCGAAUUCACUGUUACGUAUAAAAUACUUAUGUUACACAAUCUGUCAGAUAUGGAAAUAGUUUAACGUUAUAGCAUAAUGAAAUACUAAUAUAUUAAGAUUGGAAGUGUAAUGUAUUGAGAUUGGAAGUGUAAUAUAUUGAGAUUAGAAGUACAAUUUGUCGAAAUAUUAGGCCUGAAAUAGCUAGUGAUAAAAUUAAUCCCCUUUAUACAUAUCACUUGAUUUAUUUUCCUCAUGAUUAAAUAUAGCAUGUUUCAUCAAUUAAUUGUAAUCGUCUGAUACGUGAAAUAAGAAUGAAUGUAUUGAAUGAAUGAAUAAUUACAAUAAUGAAUGAACGAAUUAAUUGAUUAAUUAAUUCAUUCAUUUAAAUAUGUUUUAGCUAUUCAAUUUUAAAACUGUAAUAAAACCGUUUUUACCAUAGACAAUAUCCGUGUUCUGCUAUUUAUUCUAUAAAAAUACUUGAAAACAAUACAUGUAAUUAAACUGUUUAGAAAUAUAAGCGUUGAUUUAUACUGAUACUUUUGCGUAAGCAUAUACUUCUUUUACUUUUGUCAACAUCAUUCAAUUAAUAUUUAUCAAAUUUUAUGUAACUUUUUCAAAAACUGAACUUAACAAGAUGUACACACAAAAUAAUAUUAUUUUUCUAUAAAAAUAAAGAAACAAAUAAUGCUGUUUGAAUAAAUUAAUAAUGGCUUGUUCCCUUUACAGAUGGCAGACAAAUAUUAUAGACUGGUUUGCUUCGUGGUUGAUAUUUGCGCUGACGUGUUAAGGAAAUAUUUUGUCAAACUUGCAAAAACUGAUGCUGGGAACACUUAUACAUCAGUUUUGGCAUAUUUAAUUCAAAGACAAGGGGAUGUGAAACUGUUAUUGCAGCAGAAAAAGAUCAGGCAAGAUCAAUAUAAUUUAAUGUAUCCUAGUAACGGCAACGCUGAUGAAAACCAAUGGGAUAUAACAUUAAUUGUGACAUAUAUUGUUGUAUUAUUUCCAAUACAUGAAACACGUGCUGUAUCUGUGAUACGAGAUAUUCGGAAUGAGUUGCAGCAUCACCCAAAUACAAAAAAUAUUUCUGAUGAUGAGUUCGACAAUUAUUGGGAAGGCUUGGAAAAUGCCAGCAUGCAUAUCGUUAACACAUGUACUGUUAAUCCAAAAGAUAAAGCUGCAUUUCAAGAUAAAAUCAGUAAAGCAAAAUGUAACAAUCUUCCAAAUAUUGGAGAUUGUCUACGAAGUUGGUACGAGGAAAGAAUUAAGCAGAUGGAAUCAACAAUUAAUGAGAUGGGAUCAACAAUUAAGCAGAUGGAAUCAACAACAAAAGAAACAAACUGCAUUCUCCGAAAAGUGACUGUCAAAAAGCCGGGACCUUCAGGGGACAAAAAUAAAAGAUUUAAAGUUGUUGAUGGUAUACUGGCAAAACUUCAAAAGGAAUUCGAGUUAUCGAUGAAGGACUUUCCGGACGAUUUCAAUGCUCCAAAUGAAGUUUCAGGUAUUCGAGCUAUACUAAGAGAUUGUCAUCACGUGGUUGUAACCGGAUGCAACAAUAGCCGUUACUUUGAGACCGCUCUUGCAGCAAUAAAGGGGAUGGAUUAUAAUUACAAACGAAGCGUAGCAAUGGACACGUCGUCUGAUUGGCGGCACAUUGACCCUGAAGAUGUAGAUUUGGUUUUAUGUAGAGAUCCAUUUGGAGGAAUUUCUUACAAUGAAAGCAAAGCUAAAGCCAUGGAUGAUAUAUUUAAAAGCAUGCUGCAUUCAACAAAGAGAGAUAAUGGCGAUAAAGCCUUAGACAUUGUCAUAGUAACAGACUUGAAGAUAUUGGAAGAGUGCAAAAUGCAUCAUGACCAUGAAAUCUUAGAAGAAGUGGUGAAGGUGUUUACUAAGACAAGUUCAGCACAGCCGGCUGAUCUUACAAUAGGUUGUGGAGAUCAAAAUCUAUACGUACAACAGUCCUUGGUGUCAGUAUACAGAAAUUUAGAAGUGAUGACGAAGAAUUUUUUGAGCGAAUAUCAGGUAUUCAGCCUUCAAGUGGAUGCGAAUGUUUUCAAGAUAGCGAAAGAGAAGUUCAAGACAGGUAAAGCAGUAGUAUUAACAGGGCCUAAGAAAUGUGGUAAAACUUCUGUAGCUGUUAAGUUGGCAUCUGCUUAUGAAUCAUCCCAAUGUUUACUUCUCAAGAAACCUAACGAUGUCAAUUACAUUGACCUUACAAACAUCUGCUUAGUUAUCAUUGACGAGUUUGCUGGAAAAUAUCGUUACGAAAAAAAUGAUGUGUACAAAUGGUACAACAUGUUUGAUCACCUGUACAGAGCAGUUAUGGCAGGGAAUUUUAACAUGGUAAUAACGUGUGAAAAGGGUAAACUAGAAAAAUGUAUCAACGAAAUCGGACGGCAUGCCAUUCUUGACCACGUGGUGGAUGUACCUUUACAAACAAUUGUCGUUAAAUCAGAAGUUACUGAACGGCUAGAAUAUGGACAUGUGUCUGGACAGUUAGUCACUACAGAUCAUUCUAUAGGCACCAUAUCAAAUAUCACACAGUCUAAGAACUACACACCACAAUUGACAGUGGUACCGUCACAAUUGCCAAACUUGCUGUCAAGUCAUAACACGAUGAUUCCGGUUUCAACAGGGAAUACUUCACUUCGAGAUACAACACAAACAGAAGGACUUGAAUAUAGCCAUGUGUUUGGACAGUUACUCGAUACAAAUCCUUCUUUAGACACCAUAUCAAAUACCGCACAGUCUAAGAACUACACAACACCAUUGUCAGUGAUACCGUCACAAGAGCCAAUCUUGCGUCUGAUUUCUACAGAAAACACGUCACUUCAAGGAAUACAAAAUUCGAUGCAGUUGAAAAGAGGAUUACAAAGUGAUUUACUGACCGAGACAAUUGAUUUGAGUGUAAAGAGAUCGAGGUCAAUGUCGUCAGAUGUAUGGUCAGUCGAAGAGAAAAGUGAAAUUAACAUCAAGAUCAAUGGUGAUAGUGGCGAUUGUUGGAUUCAUGGAAGUUGUAUACUACCUUCAGGAGAAAUUCUGCUUACAGAUUACAAAAAUAAAAAGUUGAAGAAACAUGAUAACAUGUAUAAAGUAAUCAGUGUGUGUGAUCUUCCUGGUUUUCCACAAGAUGUUUGCUAUGUUGGUGAUAAUAAAGCUGUUGUAUCACAGUUGAGGAAACUUCAUUUUGUUGAUACUAAAUAUAGUAUGAUACUGAUUAGAUCCAUUGAUACAGAUCAUAAUUGUCAUGGUCUGGCAUGUCAUGGUGAUCAGAUGUAUGUUAGAGACAUUUUUGGUUCUGUAUAUAGUUAUAGUACAGAUGGCAUAAAGCAUCAGAUGAUUUAUUCAUUUAGAACUGUAUUUCUAUAUAUGAAUAUUACUGUAAGUAAUGAUGGAAGUAAGUUAUACCUACCAGAUCAAAAUAAGCUUGUUACCAUUGACAACAAUGGAAACCGUUUGUUUACAUUAAACAAUCUAGACAUUGAUAUCCCAUGUGGAGUUUGUGUAGAUGAUCAAGGUUAUGUUUAUGUAAAUGGUAGGAAUGGGAAUAUUUUACAAAUAAGUGAAGAUGGUAGAACUACUCUUCAAGUCAUAACAAACGUAUCUGGCUUGACAGAUAAAUGUACUUAUACAUUAACAUAUGAUUGGAAAAAUAAAGCUCUAAUAGAAGCAGGGUUGUCAAACACAAUUAUAGUCUUAAAACUAAAGAAUCAAUGGAAAACUCAAGCAAGAUGAAUAAAUAGGAUACCGUGAUCAUGUCGUGGACAAUUAAAUAAAGUAAAGAUUUCUUAAUAUAUAAUACA